AUGAAAACCCUAUCUAUUUUAUUAUUUCUAUUUAUAUUUAAUAAUGUUUUUGCACAAUUAGAAUUAGAUCCGAAAGAGUUGAAUUCUUUGAGAUUUCUAUUAGCUCAAUAUCAAAUAGGUUAUUGGAAUAUAAGUGCUACUACUUGCACUGGAAUACAAAAAACAUUAGGAUUAUUAUCAUGUGAAGAUAAAAAUGGAUAUCAAACUAUAACUGAAAUACAAUUUCCUAUUAGAUCACAAAUUGAUAAUGGAGAACCAAUAUAUAUAGAUAAACUAUAUUUUCCUUCAUUAACUUCAAUUAUUUUAGGAGCUUUGGGAACUUCAAAGAACUCCUCAUACUCAAUUAUAAAUUUACUUGAUAUCCCUGACAAUAAAAAUUUAAUAUCAAUGCAAAUCUCAGGUAUAACCAUGGAUAUACCUCAAGAUUUCCCAAAAUAUUUAAAUUUGACUAAUAUGGUUCUAACAAGCAAUACUAUAACUUCAGAUCUUUCUUUAAAUUCAUUAUUGGAAACCUCCUUGGUAUAUUUAUCAAUUAGAAAUUUAUCUUUUACAAGUUCUUUCAAGUUUACCUUUAAUUCUUCAGCAACUAUAAAUGAAAAUUUACAAACAUUAAUUAUUGAAAAUGUAAGAUCCUUAGAAACUUAUGGUUUAUUUAAUAUUUCCGACAAAAACUUUAAAAAAUUAAUUUCAAUGACUUUAACAUUUUUGUUAUAUGAAAAUUUAGAAUUAAAUCAUAGUUUAAUUAGUACAAUAACGGUUUUUAAUUGUGGAUUUUCAAAAGAAGAUUUAAGUGAAUACAAUUUUUUUUCACUAACUAUCACAAACAACAAAACACCUUUAACAAAAACAUUCUCUUUAUCAAAUUUUCAAUUGACCGACACCAAUACAACAGGUUAUUUUGAUAACUCGUCUCAACUCUCAAACUUUACAAUUUAUAUUCAAGGUUAUCAAAAUAUUACAGCAAACUUGGAUGAAUCAUUUUGCUCUGUUAAAACUCUAAACAUUCAAGGUGUUAAAUUGUUAAGGAAUCAUGUUCCCGAUUGUUUUUAUUGCUAUUGGUCAUAUGCAUCUACAAUUUUACCAGUCAACACACCUCCCCCUCCAUCUAAUUUCUCAUGUAAAAUUUCUCUUGAUCAAUAUGGUUAUAAUUUAAAUCCAGGAGAAUAUAUUUAUAUUGGAGGAAAAAAUUUAGGGUGGGGAAAAGAUGCAUCACCCUUAUUAGUACCGGUUACAAAUAACGUCCAGUUCAGAAAAAAAGUUAUUCUUUUGAAAUUCUUUGGGGUCUUCCUUGUAAUAAAAGUAGAACUUAUUCACGAAGAGAUAUACAAUUCAUCUAGUGUACAGUUAUUAUUGUACGGUGUUUUCAACUUGUAUGCACCACUAAAUAUUACUAUUCAAGGAAAACCGUGUCAAAUUAUAUAUCUUUCAACCUAUGAAUUACAUUGUACCUAUCCAAACUUUAAUUCUUCAGAACCAGUAUUAGUAAGGACUGGAGAUUCAAUAUCCAGUGUUGGUUUAUAUAUUUCACAACCACUAUCAGUUAGAGCAUUUACUUAUAAUAAUCUCUUUAUUAUAACUGCAAACUUUGGAAUGAAUCCAUAUAAUGUAUCAGUUUAUAUUUCAGAUCUCACUUGUAACAUUACAGUUUUAAAUGCAGAUUUAGUCGGUUGCAUUCCAACACAGAGCAUUCUUCCCAAUAUACAGUAUAAUGUGUCAUUAUAUGCCAAUGGUUUUAGUUCAAAUUUCAAAUUGCUAAUUACUAGUAAGAAUAACUGUGGAGUUGAUAGUAAAUGUAAUGAUCAUGGUAGUUGUGUAGAAGGUGUUUGUCAGUGCAGUAGUGGAUAUAGUGGAUACUAUUGUGAAUCACAACUUAGUCCAGGCGUUGUCAUCCUUCCAAACAACACAAUACCAUCACCAACAAUCAUCGUUAAAGAUGGAAUGAAUUUCACAUUCAAUAUCAUUGCAAUUCAAGAGAUCGAUGAAUUAAGUUCAGUUGUUAGAGAAUUGAAAACAGAUAAAUGGUCAUAUUCAACAACAGGAAAUGAAACAUUCAGUAUCACAACAUACAGUUUACAAUCAACAUCAAAACAAGAAGUGGAUCAAAUCAAUGCAACAAUCGAAUAUUCAAAGAAUAGUAGAUUGAUUGAAUUUGCAGGACAAUCAACAUUAUAUCCAGAGAAUAGUUUGAAAUUGAUGAUCACAAUCAAUAAUUGGUCAUUCAAAGACAAGUUAAAUCGAUUAAGAGUAUUGAUGGAAUCAAGUUCAUCUAUUAUCACAGAAGAUGAAUGCUCACCGGAUUUAGAUAUUACAGUCAACAAUGGAUCAGAUGUAAACUACCUACGAAUGACAAUCAAUGAUGUAUCGUUCUAUGGUAGAUUCCUUCCUUUUGCAUUGGCAGACAACAAACCGAUUUUCAUACAAAAUCAAGUCGUCAAUCAAACAAAAGAUAAUCCUGAUUUUUCUGUACUUAUCAACACUGAAGCUAGUAGUGCUAGUACCUGUGGUUCACAUCAUAAAUUCGAAACAUGGAAGAUAAUCACAAUAGUAGUUGUUUGCUCAGUUGUUAUUCUUGCAGCUACUAUUGCAACCGUUAUAACAAUUAAAAAGAAAGUUAUGAUAAGAAGAGAAGACAUUAAGUUCAAAUGUUCAUCGAUGUUCACUGGUUUACCAUCUGUUAUACUUAAAUCAUUAUAA